AGCAUUGAGGUAUUCGAGAAUGGGAAGAGGGUAGUUGCCGGGAAAUUGCUGACCAGAAAGUUGAACAGAGGAAUGGGGUCUUCGGUAAUUCCACAUUGUCUGUGGACUCUGUCCAGCCUUGUCAUAAAUAUCACUACCUGCUCGUUUCCUGUCUCACUCACCCGCCAAAUCUCUCUCUCUCUCUCCUCUCUCUCUCUCUCUCUCUCUCUCCCUCUCCCUCUCUCUCUCUCCCACCGAUUACAAUGCCGGGUCAAAUGGCGGUGGACGAGCCUCUCCGGCUCGCCUCUGUUCUAACUUCUUCGAAACCCGGCUUUCUGCCAUCACUGACCAAAAUAGUUGGAACGCUUGGACCAAAGACCCGUUCAGUUGAGAUAAUUGAGGCAUGUUUAAAUGCAGGAAUGUCAGUUGCACGAUUCGAUUUCUCAUGGUUAGAUGAAGACUACCAUCAGGGUACCCUGGAUAAUUUGAGGAUUGCUGUAAAAAAUACUAAGAAGUUAUGUGCUAUAAUGCUAGACACUGUUGGCCCUGAACUUCAAAUUUAUAAUAAAUAUGGGAACCCAAUAGAGCUGAAAGCUGAUGAUCAUGUGACUAUUACGCCAGAUGCAACUAAUGAGCCAUCAGCUGGUGUUUUACCUGUAAAUUAUGCGGGACUGUCUGAGAAAGUAAAGAAGGGUGAUACUAUUUUUCUAGGCCAGUAUCUCUUCACAGGAAGUGAAACCACUUCUGUCUGGCUUGAGGUUCUAGAGGCGAAGGGUCCAGAUGUCAUUUGUAUAGUGAAGAAUAGUGCUAUUCUAUCAGGAUUUAUCUUCACCAUGCAUGUUGCCCAAGUCCAUGUCAAUUUGCCUACUUUGAACGACAUUGAUAAACAGGUUAUUUCAAGCUGGGGUUCACGGAACAAUAUUGACUUUGUUUCCCUUUCAUACACCCGACAUGUAGAAGAUGUUCGAGAGCUUAAAAAUUUCCUCAAAACACAAAAUCUGCAUGAAACUCGAAUAUUUGCCAAAGUUGAAACAGUGGAGGGUUUGAAACAUUUUGAUGAAAUCCUUAAGGAAGCAGAUGGUGUUAUUUUAUCUCGUGGAAAUUUAGGAAUUGACCUACCUCCAGAAAAGGUUUUCUUAUUUCAAAAGUCUGCUGUGCAUAAGUGCAACAUGGUUGGAAAACCUGCCAUAAUUACUCGAGUGGUUGAUAGUAUGACACAGAAUUUACGACCAACUCGUGCAGAGGCAACUGAUGUUGCUAACGCAGUUCUUGAUGGAACCGAUGGUAUAUUAUUAGGUGCAGAGACAGUUCGGGGCCUCUAUCCUGUUGAAGCGAUAAAGAUUGUGGGCAGAAUUUGUGCUGAAGCUGAAAAUGUUUACAAUCAGUCACUUCAGUUCAAAAGAAUUGUCAACCAUGUUGGGGAGCCUAUGUCUCAGGCAGAAUCAGUUGCUUCAUCUGCGGUACGUGCUGCUAUUAUAGUCAAGGCUGCAAUCAUUGUUGUCUUUACAUCAUCUGGUGGAGCAGCAAGGUUGAUUGCAAAAUAUAGGCCAUCAGUUCCAGUAUUGGCUGUUGUUGUUCCUCGACCUAGAUCAAAUUCAUUGAAAUGGACAUUCACUGGAUCAUUUCAGGCUAGGCAAUUACUUGGUUUCAGAGGAGUCUUUCCAUUUUUGGCAAGUCCUGAUAUGGCUACUGCACAAGGCUCUGGUGAAGAACCAAGGUUGAAAUUGGCCCUUAAUUAUGGCAAAUCUGUGGGAUUGCUCAAACACAAUGACCAGGUUGUUGUGUUUCAAAAAGUUGGGGACUCAUCAGUUGUCAAGAUUGUUGAGAUUCAUGACUAGGUUAUGACUUACGAUCGAAAAUCACCAGAUUCCUUUUUUCUUUUUGUAUUUGCAGUCAAUUCCACUACUUUUCUGGUGUACCUCCAACCUAAUAUUAUAUUUAUGUUAUGUGUAUUAGAAC